GAGAACAAAGACUGUGGAGCUCUGCAGUCAGCCUACGAUUUAAUCAAGGAAGCAGCAGUGGUUGGAACCGGCGGACGAACUCCACGCAUUGAUCCGGAGUGGUGCGUCCUGUGCGCCGAAGCUGGGCUACAGAUGGGCUGUUUGGAGAUAAGCACAGCGUGUCUAAAGAUGUACUUUGAAGGGAAUCCGCCGGCUAAUCAAUUUCUGUGUCGAGCCUACCUCUGCCAGGGCCAGCUGAAGUCUCCGCCGGCCACGGGGAGUGUGGAGGACUUUGAGGAGGCUGUGGUGUAUUUUCUGAAAGCAAUUGAGAUUUCAAAGCAAGAACCAAGACUUCACUUUAUGGUGUUCAAUGCCUCGGUGCUGUACUACCAGACAGUGCAACCUCUCCUACAGCCAGGGCGGAGCCUCCACCUGGUGCCCUCUCUCAGGCAGGUGGUGCAGAGUCUGGAGGAGGUGGCAGACCACGACCACAGCUGGAGGGCUGAACUCAUGAUGCACCUGAUCAAAUGUCUUGUGGACUCAAAGAAGGUUGAGGAUGCAACAAGUUUUGCAAAAGUUACAGAAGAAUUCAUCAAGUCGCAUACUCCAAAACUUUACCCAGGACUCUUUACUUUAUUGGUGCGACACCAGCUGUCAGACAGUGAUGUCCUCCUGGAAACAAGCAGGGAAUGCACUACGUUAGCAGUCAUUUACAAAAUGCAGGAAUUAAAAAACAGGUUGGGAGGACUUAACAAGGACAUGCUGACAAAAGAGAAUUCUACUAGGCUUGAGGAGAUUUUCCAUCUCUUGGUGGACUGUAGCAAAGAGCCUGCUACACCUCUGAACUCCAGUCCUCUUCAGAGCUCAACACCCAUCCAGCCAUCUGACAGAGUUGCCUUCCUCCUGGAGUUGGCUCUGCUGGCCUUGCAAGUGAAGCAUCAGAAAGUAGCUGCCGACUGUCUGAAAGAGCUAAAGUCGUCGGGAGAAGCUAGUGUUAGCCAACGCUUAGUAAUGGAAUGUGUCCAAGGUGAAAUCAACCUCCUGAAGAAAGAAAUGAAGAUGAAUGACUAUUCCAAAGCUAGUGUAGAGGCCCGGCUGAAAGAGAUAGGCAAGCUGGAUCAGUGGCUGCAGACUGCAGCGAGGGAGGGGGGCCCUCAGGCUGUGCAGGCAGUGUGCGCUACACAGUGGAACUUGUGCCUGCCCCUCUUGCAGCACAACCUCAGAAAAUGCAUCAAGACACCUCUGCUCAGGGUCGCUCAGGCACUGGAAGAGACACAAAGUAUGUUGUUGGAGCUGCGCUGUCAAGUCCACUCAGAGCUGGCAGUGACUGAAGAGGAGGAGGGGCGCCUUGAGGCUUCUUUGACUCACUUUCAGAAAGCCAUGCUGCUGGACAAUGGGACACAACAAGAACGCCUGUCUUCAGCUUUCCGCCUCCUGCAGCUUAGGCAGACCCUCUACCAAACCCCUUCCCGCAUUGAGGAUAAAGCUGCUAUGCUUAUGCAGCAGGCAAGAGACAUGCCGCCCCAAGAUAAGACAGACUUUCGACCCGUCCUGGUCGCUGUGGGCCUUCUUUUGGCCCCUGAUGAUUUUCAGAUGGUCCUGGAUGCAGAUGACACUUCAAAAAUUCCCGCAGGCGGUCUUGGAUCUGGACCAGUGACUCAGCUCGCUGCAAAGGCUCAGCAUCACUCUACAUCCAUACAGAGGGUGGAAGGACACCUGGACAAACAGGGCAGCGAUACAGAUCAUACAGAGAUAGUGAGGCUGUGGGCAACAUUAGCAAAGACAGCCAGGAAGCAUGAAGUUUGGGAUGUGUGCCGAGCUGCUUGUGGAUUCUGUUUGCUUUAUGAUGACGGGAGAUGGAAGAAGACUGACACGCGCAACUACUCAGAGGGGGAAAGCUGUGUACAGUGUCUUCACGGUUCCAGUGAAAGUCAAAGCUUUGUGCACCUGCUGCGCCUUUUAGCUGAAAUUCGCUUCAUUAGUGCUGAGGCCACUAUCCAAAAGCUACUUGAAGAGGGGGUACAGCUAAAUAGCCCUGCUGUCCCCCCACAGGAUAAACAGUUUUGCGUGUCAGAAGAGGAUCCACACUGGGUUAUUUACAGGGACUGGAUCCAGGCUCUAUGUGCCUACACCACCUCCAACUUCUUGCGGGCAGGGGAGCUCGGAGCAGAGAUCGGAGAGUCGUGGGUGGUAGCUAAUGCAGCCAUUUACCUGUGGAAUUACAAUAGCCACUUGCUGGCAGCUAGGGAAUACACACGCCUGCUUCCCACCUUCCAGAGUCUUGUGGACAUGCUCCAGAAGACGGGGUACACUGGGAACCGUGUUCUUUUUGUGCUGCUGUGUGAUGCUGUGGCCCAAGGGUUGAUUCAGCCUCUGUUUGGGCCAGACAACGUUGUGCCAGCUCCAGCAGAAGACAAGGGCAAAAAAAGAGCUGAGAAGGGCAUAGCAAAGGCUGCCAGCACCUGUGGGGGUUUCUUAGAUCCUGCUGGCCUCCAGGAUGUCCACAAGGCAUUAGAGCUAUGCGAGUACGCCCUUCGCAUAUCAAAUGCUACCAUCCCAGGGGAGACUGUCCCCAUCUCAGCAAGAAAACGGGUGUUGGCUACAUGGGUGCAGAUCCAUGGGCUCUUGCAACAGCAAACGGGUUCAAAGAUGAAUAUGCUGAAAGAAGAGAGUGAGAAUGAGGACAUGUCUGUGAUGGCGUGUGUGCUGGUUGGAGUGGAGAUGCUCCAGUGCAAUAGGAACCCGAGGCAUAUGGAGUUCUCUGUUCCCAGUCUCUCCACACUGGUGAGCAUGGCGUCGGAAUGCAGAUGGUCCGACGCCGUGGUGGAGUUGCAGGUGUGGUGCCAGCUGGCUGCCUUCUGCCACGAUGUCAAGGACUACAGCUUAGUGUGCAGCUGCACCAAGAGGGCUCUGCUGCUGGAGGAAGCAGCCACAAAAAGUCUCAACACCAUGCCAUGUGUUUUGUAUGGCCCAACUGCAGUGAAUGAAAUGCUGAGCAUCACAACCUGCCUGAGAGGUUUGAGCUUAGUCCAUGAGUCCAGGGGAGAUCUACACUCUUACAGGGAGGCAAUGGAAGUGCUCCUGUCAAGUGUCAGUUUCGCAGAGAAAGCUGUCAGUCCAGCAUUGUGUGUCACUGCUGCCGGGCAUUACUGGAAUACUUGUCUACCUCUGACAGGGAGCACUGAGGAAAGGCAGCAGCUCCGGGAGAACCUAAAGAUGAUCCUGAAUGCCCUUGUUCAUACCACUAAACAAGAAAAUCAGCAGAGCAAAGUGAAAAGGCCGCUGACCUUGGCAGCACAGCCUCUAAGGAGAUCAAAACACAGAGCAACAAAUGAAGAGGUCCUAACCCUGAGAGCAGCUAUUUACCGUUUGUUGCUCCAAAUCUACAUCGAUGAGGAAGACUUUGAAAGCGCCCUGCAGCUGCUGGCCAAAGCUAUGAGAGACAUGCCUCGCAGUAGACACCGGUUGUCUCUGCUCAAAUAUGGUGUGCUGGUGAAAGCAACGCUGGGAGAGAACAUACUGCCAGACAUGCAGAAAUUAGAAGAUGAAGGGGAGCAGUGCCAUUCGUUCAUGUGGCAUCAGGUGGCACUGUGUGCUGACACGGUAGCCAAACAACUGACUUGCCACCAGAAAGCCAUCGUCUCUCUCACAAGCGCAGAGACUAAAUGGCAGAAAGUCAGCAUUCUGUUAAGUUUUGGACAGUGGCUGUACAAUCACAACUUCCCCAAAGAGGAUGCUAAACUUCAGGUUCAAUGGGUAAUAGAUAUCCUUCUACACAUGGAACCUGGGAAGGCAGAUGGAGUAGAGGAUGAAUCUGUAGAGAGGGAUUUGGGCCCUGUGAAAAGUGAGUACGUGCUCGGAGUCCAGGGGUUGUCAUUUACACAAAAUGUGUCCGGUCUAAAGGAAGUGCGUCGUCUGGACUACUUGAUACAAGCACACACUCUGCUUGCCAUCAUGGAGGACAAGACUUCGCCUGAGCACCAACUUAACCUGCUCAGAGCCUACACUUUUGUGCUCCAGAUAUGGCAGGUUUCUAUGGCAGCAGCGUGUGAGAUUUCCAGGGAGACGGCAAAGAGUGAGGCACUCCAACCUCCUGCCUCUGCUGAAUCCAAAAAAGGCAAAGACAAGGGCAAAGACAAAAAAGCCAAACAGCCUACAUCUGCUGAUGAAAGACCUAAAGCUGUUGUCUUGGAUCAGACACCUCCUUCCACCACGAGGGACUGGGCCUCCUUUGUCUGUCCCGACCAGGCCAGGCAGAUAUUCAGAACCAGCAGCAACCCCCACUGUAUCAACACUCACAGCAUUACAAAGCAGAAACAAAGCCUGUUUUAUCUCAACCUGCUGGAAAGAGAACUGAACUCACUGUCACUCGGCCACCUGACCCUUCCUGCAGUGCAUCUAGCUGAGACCAUUGCUCAUGAGCUUUUGGAUAUGACAAGCCUCUCUGACCUCUACAGGCUUAGAAUUGCCAGAACCUGUGUUGAGCUGGGUUUGGAGGCACACUCACCAUAUCAGAAGAAGCUUCUGCCUCUGAGUGCAGUCCCAGAACGAGAACAAAUGGGGUGCCGCAGAGCCGUAGUGCUUUCGCAGGAGAGGAGCAGCCUCCGCAAAGCUCGCAACCAGAAAGGAGAGAUGGGUGAGAGUGCGCCGGACAUUUGGCUGGACAAAGCUGAGGUUUGCCUCAGUGUGGGACUCUAUGAGUCAGCCAGACAACUCCUGGCUGAGGCCCACAUGGUGUCUAUGGUGCUUGGAGACCAAAGUGUUAUAUCAAGAAGUUUGAUCUAUCUGGCCAGUUUGGCUUGUAAAGAGCAGAACUACGCCCAGGCUCUGACUCUGCUGGACAAAGCCCAAACCCUGGGUGGGGAUGAGGACUUCUGGUACCAGCUUACCCUUACCAAAGUCACAGCUGUGGUAGGCCAGAGAGACAACAAUUUUCAAACAAAGGUUGAUCAGACUAUAAAACAAGGCUGUAGAGCUCUGAAGCUAGUACUUGAGCAGCGGGUAAACCAAGCCCCAGCGCUCACAUUCUUGAUCACCUCAUUGGAGAUGAGAGGAGCCUUGGAAUGUAUACGUGCCAUUGGUAGUGGGGAACCUUUGGAGACACUCCACACUGAGGCUUUCCAGAGGCUAAUGACUGCCUGUAAUACACUCAGAGAGAGCGCCAGUGGCUUUACUAAACUCGGCUAUAGACAACAAGCAGUAGAGGCACAUGGAGAGUGUGCACAUGGUUUGAGAAUCCUAGCCAAUCAUACUACUGAAAGAGAGUCGAAACAGAGCUUCCUGAUGAAUGGGCUCUCUCAGUUGCAGCUUGCUGUCACGGUGCAGGAACAUGCAGUACAAAAUGCUGAGAGUCUGCUCCCCCCACAGGAAGAGAGACAUGGACUGUCACUGGCAGCCGCGCGGAGGCUGCUUGGCCUGCGGCUGGCCCUGGUUGAAUUCUGCCUGUCCAUGCAAGAGGAGCGCUGUGCCGAGGAGACGCUGCAGGCUUUGGCCUGCGAGAAGAUGACCUUAGCUGAAAUAGCACUGGAGGAAUAUUCACACUGCACACCUGAGCCUAACUCCAAAGAAGAGGAAUGGAUGAGUGUGGGAACAACCUUGGGGCAGAUUGCUCUAGGCCAGCUGGCUGCAGUCAGCUCUCAGUCCCUGGACAGUAUGGAGACCAGAGCUCACUGCAUGAGCCUAAUGGGAAAGUACAUGAGACUGCUGGCUGUGCAGGAGGAUCCCAUUUAUCUGUGUUCUCUGUGGGACACACAUAAGCAGAAGGAAGCCUGGGCCGGUUCUAAAGCAGUUUCCACAGAGGAAGGGGAUUCACAGAAAGACAGAGGAUCGAGCAGAAAAAAGCUGCGAACAACCUCUGCCAAAAGUUCUGAGCUGCAGAAAAGCCAGAAAGCUCAGCAACUGUUGGCACAAGCCAGCAAAGCACUGGCUGAGUCCAUCAGCCUAUGUCUCCAACACAAUUUAUCCUCCUCCAUCUUGGCCGGUGCAUCUCUGAACAUGUUGGAGUGUCAUGGCCAGUCUGACCCUGCAGUGGCAGGUCAAUAUCUUGCCCUUCUUCAGAGCUGCCGCACUGUUGCUGUGAUGGCUGAGGUCCUAAAUUCUGCUUGUGCCGACACCAGUGCAUCCCAGCUCUCAGCUCUGCUCAGCAUCCGCAGGAAUCUGCUUCUUUCUCUCGAGGAGAGACCCAGCAGCAUGAUAAGGGAAGUGGAGGACUCCCUCAGCAGCCUCUCCAAGACCUUCAGCCACCUGACAAUCAUCCCCAACCACCUGAGCAUUCUGGGAGAACUCCCCCCCACUCUUAAGAUCUUGCUGCUUCAGCACUCUGAAGAUGGGUCACAACUCUAUGGUGGUUUCUAUGAGGCAACUAAAGCUCAGAAGGGAAGGACACCACAAGUUACAGGUAGCUUGACGUGCUCUGGGAUGGCCAAGGUUUCAGUCUGCCCGCAGGCUCUACUGGCACUGAGGGAACAGACUCGGGCUUUUUGCCAGGAGACAAGACAUGCCCUCCUCAAUAAAGACUCUUUGCGCAGCAUUGAGGACAGGCUGGAGGCCUCUGAGGAGUAUCAGAAACUAUCAGGAGAGUUAGCAUGUCGUUUCAGAGAACUUGUAAAAGACAUGGAAGAAUAUUUAAAUCCACUCCUCAAACAGUUUGACUUCUCUUGCUUAAGGCCAGAUGCUGCAUCUCUGCCAACCCCUGAAAUGGCCAAAACCAAAGAGAAAGAAGAGAAAGAGAGCUCAGUUAAAAUGCCAACUGAACCAGGGGAGUAUGUGGUGGUACUGGCAGACAAGAGGUUGCUGGAGCUUCCUCUGGAAUCCAUGUCUAUCCUGAAAGAAGAUAGCCUGAGUUCUGUGACUCGGGACUUUUCCCUUCAGCUUUUUUACAGUCGCCUAAAGAGAGAAGAAAAAGUUGAAAGUGACAACAAAAAGGAGACCAAAGGUGGCAAGGGAACUAAAACGAGGGGAGAUCAAAGCCAAGUCAUCAAAGCGGUACCUGCCAGUCAUGUGCUGCCUUCUAACACCUUUCCAGUGGACAUGCGUAACUUCAAAUAUCUCGUUGAUCCUUACAAUGAUGGCCACUUUGAAGGGACCAGUUUGAGCAUGAAGAUGAAGGAGAUUUUGGAAACCCAGCAUGUAACUCAUCUGUGGGAGGGCUUCAUGGGCAGCAAACAGACACCCAGCCUGUCAGAAAUGGAGCAAAUGUUGUGCAGAUGCAGUGGCUUUAUUUACCUGGGGGUGGAACACUUCAUGGAAAACAUACCACCUGACAAGCUAGCAUCCCUCAAUUUGUCUGAGUGCCACAUGGCUCUGCUCUUUGACCAGGUUCACAACAAGGCCAGUGUUCCCCGUCAGUCCAAACUUGGCAGGCAAAGGAGUGCAGGAACGUUUGCCCUGCAGAAUCCCGUGGAGACUGCUCUGCUGCUCAGUUUGAGUGGUGCUGGCUGUAUAGUCCUGAAUCAGUGGCACAGCAGCUUUCAACAGAACACACAUAAUGUGACCGCUAUUUUAGACAAUCAAGAGCUCCUCGCUGUCUCACAAGACAGAAAGGAAGGUGAUGAUCAGCAUGAAAUGGCUCUCCCACCAUCUGCCUUCAACUGCGUUCUUUAUGGCCUUCCCAACUUGAUUGUCAUGUGA